UAAUGGCCAGGGGAGGAGGAAUGCAUGAAAGGAAUGCAUGAAAGAGGGAUGCAUGAGUUUAACUAGAACUCCCUUAUUAGAGCGGGACAUUCCAGUGAGCUGAACUGCAGGACAAGAUUGCAGAACUGCUAAAGGAUUUUCUAUGACCAAACACGUGGUCACUUUCACUCUUCAUCUCACGCUGGUGAAAUUUAACACAGAUCUACAGAGAGAGGAGACCAUCGUUUCUUGGGACCAGAACUGGUUUUCAAAAUGCAGAAGCGUGCGUUGUGUCUCACCACAACAUUUCAGAUUUUCGAUAUUAACAAAAGAAGAAACAAAACGUUUGAAGUAACGCUGUUGCGAUGUUUUAGGAGUUUUCUGUACUUCUCACUUGUAUCGCUAGUCGCAGGUACUGACGUUCAGUGUCCCCCUUAUCAGCUCAGUCCGUCAAAAGUCGUGAGAUACGGCGAUUCUGUUUCAGUUAACUGCAGUACUUCUGUCCCUCAUGAUGGGAUGGGCCUGGAAUCCAGUGAUGGAGGAGUAUCCUUGACCAUUGACAGUCUGGUCACCUGGAGAGUGUCAAACCUGAGGCAAUGGGAUAUAGAGCCAAUCUGCUACAUAAACUAUAAUGGAGAACAGUGUCUAAUACCCAUACCAAUCAUUAUUUACAAGACUCCAGGCAAUGUGUCCAUCAGCACAAUAGAUAACACUGUCAUAGAAGGCAAUCAGUAUGAGCUCCAGUGUGACAUUCAGGAUGUGGCUCCUGUUAGUAAUCUCAGUGUGAAAUGGUACAAAGGACAGACUCUGGUGAAUCUCAUUAAAUUUGAUGACACCACUGAGACUCCAGUGAAUGUCACUGCUACACUCUUCAUCACUCCAAACAGAACUGAUGAUGGAGUUCAAUACAGGUGUGAAGCAGAACUGGAACUGGGACCAGAAGGACCUCAACCUCCCCCAAGAGUGGCAUCAGAAUCUCUCAACAUUACAGUUCAUUUUAAACCGAUCAUCAAUGAGACCAAACUGCCCUCUAAAGUUCCUGUGUUUCGAGGCUAUCCAACAGUGCUUGUUUGUGAAGCAGAGGGACACCCAAAACCAACAAUCAGCUGGAACCACGCCAACAACGUUAUAGUUACUGAUGGAAAUCUCACUAUAACUGAAGCAACAUAUGAGAAUGAUGGUAUUUACUACUGCACUGCUACAAAUUCUGUUGCCACCACCAUCAGAAAAGUGACAGUGGUUGUACAAGAUAUUUUCAUCAUCACUGUAAAUCACACAGGACCAAUGAUUGUGGGCAAUCAAUAUGAGCUCCAGUGUUGCAUUCAGAAAAUUUUUCCUGAUCAGAGUCUCGUUGUGAGAUGGUACAAAGGACAGACUCUGGUGGAUCUCAUCACCGUCAAUAGUACAAACAGUACAAUGAAUGUAACUGCUUCACACUCCAUCACUCCAAACAGGACUGAUGAUGGAGCUCAGUACAGGUGUGAAGCAGAGCUGCAACUGGGAGCAGAAGGACCUCAACCUCCUCCUAGAGUGACAUCAGAACCUCUUUACAUUGCAGUUCAUGUUAAACCGAUCAUCAAUGUGACCAAACUGCCCUUCAGAGUGCCUGUUUUUCGAGGCUAUCCAACAGUGCUUGUUUGUGAAGCAGAGGGACACCCAAAACCAACAAUCAGCUGGGGCCCCAUCACUAAUGUUAUAGCUGAUGGUGGAACUCUUACUAUAACAGAAGCAACACCUGAGAAUAUUUACUGCACUGCAAACAAUUCCGCUGGCACCACCACCAGAAAUGUAAUAGUGGUCUUAAAAGAGGAUUACCUGCCUUUAAUAGCAGGCCUUGUUGCUGUCACCGUGGUAUUCAUCUCGGUCAUCUUCAUCUUCAUCUACUCCAUCUACUACAAAAAAGCCAAGAUGGGCCAUUAUAGCCUGAAGGAUGCAAAGCCUAGUGCACAAAAUGGAAAUAUAGCACAAAAUGGCAAAGACAACUCAAUUCCCAUGAAGAAACUCUCUCAGAGCAUUAUCCCUGCUUAGGUGAUGAAUCCUGCAUUUGCUCUGUCUGCAGAUACAUUUACAUUACAUUUACAUUUAUUCAUUUGGCAGAUGCUUUUAUCCAAAGCGACUUACAAGAGAGGAAAACAUAAGCGAAUCAUCUUAGGAGACAGUGGUAUGAAAAGUGCUGUAUUACAAAGUAUCACUAGCAUCAUAAUAGUAUUCAAAACAGAAUAAAGUGCAACAGAUUUUUUUUUUUUUUUUUUUUAAUGACUGGUUAAGUGCUCAUGGAAAAGAUGUGUUUUUAUUCGUUUUUUGAAGACAGAGAUUGAGUCAGCUUCACGGAUGGAGUUGGGAAGGUCGUUCCACCAACGUGGUAUGAUGAAGCUGAAAGUCCGGGAAAGUGUUUUGGUGCCUCUUUGUGUUGGUACAACAAGGCGACGUUCCUUAGCCGACCGCAGACUUCUAGUGGGCACGUAGCUCUGCUUAAAUGAUUUUAGGUAUGCUGGAGAAGACCCAGUGACUGUUCUGUAUGCCAGCAUCAGAGCCUUGAAUUUGAUACGUGCAUCAACCGGUAGCUAAUGGAGAGAGCCAAGGAGUGGUGUAACGUGCUCUCUUUGGUUCAUUAAAGACCAGACGUGCUGCUGCAUUCUGGAUCAUUUGCAGGGGUCUAAUUGCACAUGCAGAGAGGCCUGUAAUGAGAGCGUUACAGUAGUCCAGUCUAGUUAUGACAAGUGACUGGACAAGCAGUUGUGUGGCAUGUUCAGAGAGGAAGGGUCUUAUCUUCCUGAUAUUUUAGAGUGUAAAUCUACAUGAUCUUGCGGUCUUUGAGAUGUGGUCUGUGAAAUUUAGUCUGUUGUCGAUGGUUACCCCUAGAUUUCUGACCAAUUUGGAAGGCGUUACUGUAGUUGCACCCAGCUGCACGGUGAUGUUGUGUUCAACAGCAGGGUUGGCUGGAAAGACAAGGAGUUCAGUCUUGGCUGGGUUGAGUUGCAGGUGGUGCUCCUUCAUCCAGGCCGAGAUGUCCGCCAGGCAGGCAGAAAUUCGAGCAGUCACUGUGGUGUCACUGGGCUGGAAAGACAAGUAGAGUUGCUGUCAUCCACAGUCUUCUCAGACAGAACAGCUGGAGAGCAGUUUGUGAGAGUUUGCGAGAUCACAGUGGAAGUCAGUGGGUAGAUAGUUAGUCAGCAGUUUCUUCAGUGGGUUCAUAUUUGUUUUAUUCAUGGACCAGUGUUCCAUUCACUUCACUCUUAGAUCCAUUAUCAACUGCUAAUUAAAUCACAACAUUUGCAAAGGUCUGUUGUUCAAAUCAGUGGACUUGCAGAUUAUAUUUGACAGAACAAAUGUUGUGAUGGUUAAAAAGAAGCGCUGAAUGUAUGUGUAGCCACAGGUUAUAACUGAGUUUCCUGGAGUGGAAGUUUUCCUUGAUACAGCUUUUAUGAGGAAUCUGAUAUUCUGAUAACAUGAUAUUACUUGGUUGAGUAAUAUUUGCUUCGUACACAGAUUGUUAGGGAAUAUACAGUAGCACAACAGUGCCCAGCCACUUUUCUAGCCACCUUAGUUCUGGUAGUAUUUUUCCCAUUAAUUUCUCCCUUUGGGAUUUCAUUAAAUUCUUCAUAAAAUAGUUCUUAGCCAUACAGCAGCUUUGAUUUGAAGCAAAAAAGUAUUUGAAAAUCAGACAGAAAGCCAAAGGUACAAGACUGUUUACUUAACGUCUUAAAUGAGGUAAUGAACAAUCCCCAUUAAGCACUGUGAAUGAUGUAAUCGAAUUAAAAAUGGUGGAAAAAUAAAAAACUAUAUGAAACUUGAA